AUGAGCCAGACGCCGCCGCUUGGGCCCGAGUUCGGCCACCUCACGCCGGCGCAGCGCACCCGGGUGAUGGAUCACCUCACCGAGCUGCAGUAUCGCGACACCCUCGAGACCUACAACGGCAUGGUCGACCGCUGCUUCAACGAGUGCAUUGUUUCGUUCCGCAGCAAGGACCUGGACUCGCGAGAGACCAGCUGCAUAAACUCGUGUGUAAAGUUCUUCUUCGAGUUCUCACAGCGCGUGGGCCAGAGGUUCUCGGAAAAGCAGCAAAACAAGGCUUAA